AAGGGUGGUGGCGUGAUCUCGCACUUCAGUGAUGAAGUUGAUAGAUCUGGCACAGCACGGUACAGCAAAGCGUUGCCGAAGCACCUUCCUAGUAAUCUUUGCUUCUGCAUAUAGCUUCUAACAUUACCGAUUCGUUCUUGCGUUUUGCAGUUUUCCACGCUUCGCUAACUUUGAAACCUAACGCAUUUACUAAGAAGAGCAUAAUCCUAAACAAGGCCAGUCUACAUUAGCUGCUUAAGGAGGAUUCCUUGGUUAGGUGCGUCUCCAAGCCGCCGCAGGAGCUAUGGAAGAGUCUGUGGAUGCUCUGCGGCGGCUAGCUGAGGAAUGCGUCAGCUCUAAAGGCAGACUUGACGUUCAAGAAGCAACCACUAAGGGCUUGCUCUUGUUGCUCCAGCUGAAGGAAGAGAGUCGGAAGCUUGCUUUCAAGGCUGAGGAUCAGCGCGAGGAGACAAGCAAGUUCAAGACCCGGCUAGAGCAGGCUCAUUUGCAGCUGCAGAACUUACUCUACGAGAAGGAAUAUUAUGAAAAGGAGAUCAAUGAAUGCCAGAACUUUAGGUUUAAGCACAGCGACAGCGCGAUCGGCCUGGUGCCAGUGGAGCAGUUCCUGCAGUCAGCCAGCCCUGAGACGCUGGCGCAGAUAGGCGAGGACCCGCAUAAGCUCAUGCUUGAGCGCUUGCGGGAUGAGCUUACGCAACGGAAAGCCAUGGUUGACAAGCUAGAGGAGCUGCGGAAGGCCAAGGCGUCGACAAGGCAGGAGGUCGACAAACGAAAGCGCACGCUUGACGACCUCCAGCAGCAGCUGCAGGGGUUGGAGGACACGGCGAAGCCGUUGCAGACGAUUCUGGCGCCGCACCUGUCACUCCGGGGCUUUGCGCGCAGCGCCGACCUGUUGCCUCUCCCACUGUACAUUGUCUACUCUCAGCUGGCUGCCGUUCGUGAGGCCUUGGGCAUGCCCAUCCGGGUCGCAAUCCUCGGUUCCUCCGUAGAGGCCGAGAGCUUUGCCAAAGCUCAAACCCUGGACCCCGCUGACGCCGGCGCCGACGCCGCGCAGCAGCCUGCCUCAGAUGGCGCCGCCGGUGCUGCCUCGGGGUUGGGCGGGCCCGCCGCCACGGAGCCUGCUGCCAAGCUGCCUCGCCUCUCACCCGCACCCCCGUAUGCGCUUGGGGCUAGCGCUGCGGCCGCGGCUCAGCCUUCCGCAGCAGUCAACACCAGUAGCAGCUCGGUUGACGACCUGUACAAGGUUCAUCCGCUUAGCGUGCUGCUUGAGGUGCAGCGGGAGAACAACGGGCGCUUGCAAACCAUCAUCAGCGUCAAGUUCCAGUUCCUGGUGAACCUGAAGCUCGUCACGGCGCACAGUGAGGUGCGGGACGACAACGUGUUGCUGGCGGCGCUCUUCCCCGGGGACGAUGGCUCCGCGACCGCCUUUGAGAGCCUGGCUCAGCUGCAAGGCGGGACGUUCAAGUACGACACGUCACGACCUGCUAAGCCGUACAGAUGGUGCCAGGACCUAGCCGGACUUGAUUUCGCCCCGCCCCUGCCGCUGGCUACACAGCUGCAAGGACCCACGGGUCAGGGGACGUCGGACGCGGCUGCGGCCGUCCUCGAGGGCCUGGAGUCGUACCGCCGGCAGCAGCGUGUCGUACAUGUCAUUGAGCGGUUACGAGCUGUGAAGACGGGGGAUGAGGCCCUGAAGUGAGAAGAUCCUCGCUGCCCUGGACAAGGCCCCUAACCCACCCAACCUGGCCCGUUACCCCAAGCUACCAGUAACCAGCAUAGCUAGCAUAGAGGAGAUUAAGACAUCAGCACCGUCGUCGGCAGCAGCAGCAGGAAGCACAGCGGCCGGAAAAGGCAAGGAUAACAGCGGCAAAGCGGUGACGUUUAGCAACCGGAUGACUGCCUAUGGAGGACAGGUCGCCCCCGCCAGCGCACGAGGGGUGCAGCAGCAGGUCGCGGCCAGCUUGAAGGGCCACCCGCGCUCGGAGUCAGCCGCGGAGGAUGGGGAGGUGGGCCGACGCGGGAGUCGACCCACCACACCAGCACGAGACGGCGCAGCCACGCCCGCAGCUGCCGAUGACACGGCAAACGGAACCAGCGCCGUCGCCCCACGCCCCACCGCCGACGCCAACGGCGAUGAGGUCAUGGAGGACGGGGAGGCCGCAGAGGAGGGUGAGGCGCGUGGGGCUGACCCAGAAGACGGAGAGGACGGGGACGCCGACGCCGACGAGGGCUUGGCCGCAGCAGACGAAUUGGUCGCUAGGUACCUCCUGACAGACAUCCUUGCAGCAGAGGGCGGCUCGGCAGGGGCCGCGGGAAGCGGUGGAGAGGCUGGCAGGCCAGCAGCACGCGCCGCGCCGAAACCCGUGUCUCGCCUGUACCGCAUGGUGCUAAAGUAUAAGGCCCUGGAGUGUGAGGUGCUGGCGCGGCUGUUCCUGGAGUAUCCCAUGCGGCCACCGCUGCUGCUGGUGAAGGCAGUGCGGGAGGCGCCGCGGGAGCGCCGGGGGCAGCCGCGGGCCGUGGAGGAUGUGAACCUGGUGUCCUGGCUGGAGGCCGAGGCCAACUCAGUGGCUUUGUCGUACGUGCCGCCGGACGCGGCCAACUACACGCUGCUUUACCAGCUGCUUC